CGACGGCCGAGCACUCGUGAUGCUUGGCGCCGGUGCGGUUACGUACGGGGAGGCCUUGGACUAGGAAAAAACACACACCUUUCAAGAAGCACCGUCCAUACUGCUUCAAUUCACGGAGCUAAGAUGGAGUGUCUCCAUCAACGAAUGACAUACGCUUCAUGGCGUCUGCAAGUCUUUCGACGAUUAUUUUUGUCCGAUCGCGUCAACACUUUGCGUACGAUCUCGACGUCCAGACAGACCGAAGCUCAACGCCAUGGAGAACGUGACGAUUCAACUCAGAAUGAGAAAUCAGGAAGCAACCCGAAGCGAAACACAUAUGUUAAGAAGAAAACACCACGACCCUCCGAAUUGCUCCCUCAAUCGCCGCUAUUCACACACCCAGCCCCGGGACCCGAGAAGAAACGCAAGAAACGUCCAACGCUAGAAGACGUGGAUGAAAUACGCCGCAAUCCCUGGGCGGUGGCUCUCGCCUCGCCUCCGCGUAUGUGUGUCGUGAGUGGGACUCGAAUUCCGAAAGCUUUCCUGGGCGAUUGGGGGAUCGUCCAACGUCCCGAUUCAGAUGGGAUGUGGUUUAUGCCCGUUGGUCUUUUGAAAGAUGAAUUAUCAGCGGCCCGGGAGGAGGAGAAGAAAAUACAGGAACCUCCCUCGGACAGGAAGCCUACAUUCAACAAUACUCUGCGUAUGUUCACUCUACGGAUCAUCGAUCGUCUUCCCAUUCUAAAGGAUAUUACGGGGCCAUUGUCGAGAAAUGUUGGAGCGAAGAAAUCCCGAAUUAUGCGAUUGAUCCCUUUCAGGUGGAAACAUCCCCAUGGCCCAAUUACUGCGCGCGAUGAAAAGCAUUUCGUUUGGCGGGAGGACAUGCCGGAUUUCGUACUCGGGCGGAUGAGAAUGGAUGUGUUGAAGAAGUUGCAAAGUGUGCCUGGCAAGAGGUUCUGGAGGACUGUCGACUUGGAUGGGUAUUCCGAAGAUGCUCUCAUUGAAGGGUUGAAGAAUAUGGAAGCGAUUGAGCGUAUGGGAUGUGGUGGGUUGCUGGUCAUGGGACGACAGGACAAGGCCGAUGGUGCAGUGCCGUCUUUGCCAGACUUUGUCACGCUUCCACAGACUCAGACAAAAGUCCCGGUCUUUGAUCUUUCCUUGCUUUUCUCUGAGGCAGAUAUGGAGGAGCUCAAGACUUACCAUCCGCGCUUCAGCAGCUCUGGUCUCUUCUUCAGACCUGACAAUUCUGUCACUGUUGAUGCAAUGCUGGCUCUGUGGAAACUGAAGGGGCUGCUAAGACCCGAUGAGAACUAUAUACCUUUACCAUCGAAAGCAUAAUUUGUUUCAUAUUUAUAAUGAGUCUGCGAGCGCUAUCAUUGGGGCAUAGAGUCCCAGCAUGCAUUGAUGCGUAUCAUAUGUAUAUCUAUGGAUAUCUC